CGCAGAAGAAGUUCCAGCGCUCUGAAAGUGAUAGACUUCUUUUUGAAUUACACAAUGAUUAGAGGCGACUUUCUCAGAAUUGACCCCAAGAGAAGGGCCAAUCUCGACCACAAAAAGAAGCAAUUCGCUGCACCCACAUUCAAGCAGCAGGACUAUCCGCAUCGUCUCAAUUUCUACGACGUCCCGCCCACCGAAGAGAUCACACUCGAGCAGUUUGAGCAAUGGGCUAUUGACAGAUUAAGAGUUCUGGCUGAGAUUGAGGCCUGCUCUUAUCGAAACAAGUCCGCGGCGGAAACCGAGGCGCAUCUUACACCCCUCCUUCAGAAAUACCUCCCAUUAUCAUCUAAUACAUCUUCCUCUCACGGUGCUGCCGACCAGCGACUGAAAAACGAGCGCCAAAAAGAUCACUAUUCACACUUCAUUCUUCGAUUGGCGUUCUCCGCCACCGAAGACCUUCGCCGGCGUUUUGUGAGAGCAGAGACAAUGCUCUUCAGAUUCCGCUUCCAGCGUGACGAUACCAGAGAGAAGCGCGCUUUCAUUGAAAGUCUCAAUCUCGACUGGGAGCCCGUGGAGAAUGAGGAAAGGCAAAGAUUGGCAGAGAAUCUGGUGAACGCUACCCCUGGUUUACGUCGCGUGGAUGAAGAGGCAUGGUACAAAGUGGACUGGGAGCGAGUACCCGAGCUCGUCGAGAGAAGGGCUGUUUACUUGUACAAAGGAAAGGCGUAUGUUCCUGGAAGAGAGCAAUUGAGCAUGAUUAUUGCGGAAUUUACUGCUCGAUUGGAACGUGCGCUUGAGCUCACAAGUCGAGCACUACCACGUCUGGAUGAGGAUGAUCGUCUAACUCCAAUCUUGAACCAUUUGUCAAAGAACUUUGGAAGCGCCGAGUCGGUUUAUUCGGAAGGCGAAGGAUUCGUUGACGGCGCAGCGAUUACUGCUGGCAACAUCGACCAGCUAUCGCAACACUUCCCACUUUGUAUGCGGAGUCUCCACAUGAACCUACGGAAGAACAACCAUCUCAAGCAUUACGGCCGUCUCCAAUACACCCUCUUCCUGAAGGGUAUCGGAUUGUCACUCGAAGAAUGCAUCGUGUUCUGGCGUCAGUCGUUCAAGGGCUUCACAGAUGACGAGUUCAACUCACGGUACAAGUACAACAUCCGUCACGCGUAUGGUGAUGUAGGAGGCGAUGUCAAUCGCCGGGGUCGAGGAUAUCCUCCAUAUUCGUGCCAGAAAAUCCUAGGCGAUUCGAACCCUGGGGUUGGACAGACUCAUGGAUGCCCUUACCGCCAUUACUCGAUUGACAAUCUUAUCGGGUUGCUUCAAUCCACAGGCGUCCAUGACAAGGAAGUCCUCCGAGGAGUGCGAGAAGACGUUGAAAAGAUGCGGUACCACAUUGCGUGCAACCGAGUAUUCGAAUCAACUCACAAGACAGAAAUCAAAAGAGUCAAAGAAGACGGCUCUUGGAACCAAACGGAUCUGGACACCAUCGUCCACCCUAACACUUACUUCAAGCGCAGUUUCUUGUUGAAGCAAACGGCCAGGGCGUCCAAGAAUUCUUGAUAGCUUUCAUGGAGUCCAUGACGAUAUGUGUGUUUUCGCCUUUUUGGCUUUCUCUUGCAGAAAUUUUAGUCCCACAGGCGUUAGGCUCAGGAUUGUUGCGUUGGGAUACGGCGCACAAUUUUUCUCUUCAGCACAAUUCUUCCAGGUAGACAUUGAUUGCACU